AUGACUAGAAUCUGCAAGAACCAACAACUAUGGGACUUUGAGAUUUUACAGUGCUUUUGUUGGAGGCUUAGUUGGUUCUUGAGACAUAAACCUUCUUGUAAUUGGCCUUUUCGUUCGAAUGAUGGAUUAAAUGAUUCUGCUCGCUUGAAAAUACGAGUAAGUCGAUAUAUAUAGUGCGUUCUCAUCACUUCCCAUUUUCAAGACAUCAUCAUUAAUCACUUCACUGUCAUCCACAAACAAUCUUCUUUCUUGACUACAACAAUAGCCAAAAACCAAAAACAUAAACAAUACCAAAAAACCGCAAUAGUUUGACCAAAUCUCCUCAGAAUUCAAGAUACAAUUCCCAACUUCUUUCAUCGCGACAGCAGCACUCCUCAUCACCUCCACGACCGCGAUAGAAGUUUGGGAUAUGUCCGAAUCCACAGUCAUCAAACCAUCUGGCGAGGUCCAGCUCGAAAUCUACGCUUUUGAGGGUCCACAAGGCAAUGCCUUCCGCUGUGAAAGAGCUCUCAACCUCGGACCACUCCACUUCCCAAUCAAGAAUCUCCCCAUCCUCUGUCAAGCAGGAUCCGCGCUCGCUUUCUCCUGGGAAGACGAGAGCAAAGACAUGAGUACUAUGUUUACCGCUGGUGGAAAGACAACCACUUAUAGCCCCCAGGCCUAUGCUUGUAGCAAGUCUGUCGGUGGGAAGGACGGAGGUUGCAAAUUUGUAUUUAUGAAUGGUCCUGAUGGGGUUCUGUUUUCGGGUAGUGCACAACCGAGAAAUGCGAAGAGGGAGGAGAUGGUUGCUGUUUCUUAUCAGGCUUAG